AUGCCGGAGGCUGUGAUCAUUGACGGUAAGGCGAUUGCCGAUGCGAUACGUGCGGAGAUAAAGGCGGAGGUGGACCAACUGAGUGCCACACACGGUGGUAAACAACCAGGGCUCUCAGCAAUCAUCUGUGGUGAGCGCAAAGACUCGCAGACGUACGUGCGGCUGAAGGCGAAGGCGGCGGAGGAGUGCGGCUUCGCAAACUUCAACGUCAGCCUGCCGGCGAGCGUAACGCAGGAGGAGCUCGAACGUGAGGUGACGAAGCUAAACCAAAAUCCGGCGUGCCACGGCAUUAUCGUUCAGCUUCCUCUCCCAGACCACAUCGACCCCAACGCCGCACUGGGGAAGAUUGCGCCAGAAAAGGACGCCGACGCACUGCUCCCCAUCAACGUGGGGCUGCUACACUUCAAGGGUCGCGAGCCGCCCUUCCUGCCGUGCACCCCCGCCGGCGUUAUUGAGCUCCUGAAGCGGAGUGGUGUGACCAUCAGUGGAAAGCGGGCGGUCGUGCUUGGGCGCAGUAACAUUGUUGGUGCACCGGUUGCAGCUCUGCUAACGAAACACAACGCUACCGUCACUAUUGUCCAUUCUGCUACCCCGCUUGAGGACAUUAUUGAUAUUGUCAAGUCGUCUGACAUUGUGGUGGCGGCAAUGGGGAAGCCGGGAUUCGUGCAGGGUGAGUGGAUCAAGGAAGGCGCCGCUGUCAUCGAUGUUGGUACAACCCCUGUCGACGAUGCGACGAAGAAGGCGGGGUAUCGCCUCGCGGGGGAUGUGUGCUUCGAGACGGCGCGGCAGCGUGCCAGUUGCAUCACGCCAGUGCCGGGCGGCGCUGGCCCCAUGACCAUCGCAAUGCUGCUGAAGAACACUCUUGCUAGCUUCAAGAGGAGCCUUGACGUGGCUUAA